AUGAAUUUUUUUUUUUUGUUAAAGGAGAAGAAUAAUAUUAACUUGGAAUGUUUGAACAAUGAUAAAAUAAAUUUGUAUAUAUUUUUAGAUGAUAUAUAUUAUCGUAGUGGUGAUAUAUUUAGAUGUAUAAUUCAAGUGAUUGGUCCUGAGAAAUAUAUAGGAAAUAUAAAAUUAGAUUAUGUUGUAUUAUAUAUAUAUGGAAUAUGUAUAUUUAAUAAUGAUAUAAUAAGUGUAAGUGAAGAAUUAUUAAAAAGACACGAUAAUAUACAUUUACCUUUUUAUAAGAAGAAAGAAGAUACAAAUGAAAAGAAAUUUUUAAUAUUUUAUACUAAUUCUAUAAUAUUAUGUAGUGAUAUAUUAUUUAAUAAAUGUAAUAAUAAUUUUUAUUAUUCUUUAGAAUGUUUACUUCCAUAUUUUAUACCACCAACAUAUAAUGGUAACAAUGUAAAAAUUAAAUAUUAUUUAUAUGUUGAAGCACUUAAAAGAUUAUAUAAAAAUACAAAAGAUUUUAUUACAAAAAAAUAUCAAGCUAAUUAUUCAAUACAUAUUAUUAAUACAAAAUAUAAAAAUAAUCCUAUAUUGAAUUUUUCGUAUUACCCAAUUAAACCAUAUGAUAUAAAAUUAUAUAAAGAAAAUGAGAGACAUACAUAUUUACAUCAUAAUUUUUAUAUUUAUAUAAAAGAAUUGGGGAAUACAAACAAAUUUAUAAAUAAUUCACAUGAUAUAAAUAAAAAAAAAAAUAAUAAUAAUAAUAAUAUUAAUUAUAUAUAUAAACCAUUAUUAUAUAAAACCAUAUAUAAUAUAUCUUAUAUUCCAACCCAUAUAUAUAAUAAUAUUCAAAAAAGUAAUUUUGAUUGUUUUAUAUGUAUAUAUAAUUUGUUCUCACAAAGAAAAGAAGAUUCUUCUAUCUUCUUAUUAAAUUAUAUCAUUCCGAAUUAUAAUUAUUUUUAUUAUCUACAUUGCUUUUUAUAUCUAAUAUAUCAUUAUAAUUAUUUUCAAAAUUUUCUUAAAUGUAAUCGUAAUUAUAAAAAAUUUUAUUUAUCAUCCAUAAAUAAUAAUGCCUCUUUUUUUCUCUCUAUCCUAGAAAACAUAGAAAAGGCAAACACAAAAGAAAUACUGUCAGAUGAAUACAACAAGAAAGAGAACAAUGAAAAGAAAAAUAUAAAUGAUAACACAAAAGAAAUACUGUCAGAUGAAUACAACAAGAGAGAGAACAAUGAAAAGAAAAAUAUAAAUGAUAACACAAAAGAAAUACUGUCAGAUGAAUACAACAAGAAAGAGAACAAUGAAAAGAAAAAUAUAAAUGAUAACACAAAAGAAAUACUGUCAGAUGAAUACAACAAGAGAGAGCACAAUGAAAAGUUAAAUAUAUAUGAUAACACAGAAAAAACAAAUACAUUUAAUUGUUCUAAUAAAUCAUUAAAUGAAGAAAAACAAAAAAAUGCAGAUAUAUAUCAUAUGAAUGAUAUUCAUCCUAUUAUGUAUGAUGAUAAAGAUUUGCAUAAUUUUUAUUUUUGUAAAUACGAAAAUUUUACUUUUAAUGAUAUUAUAUAUGAACCUGUUUUAUGGUUUGAUAAUUUAAUUGUAGAUAAUUAUAAUAAAGUUACAACUUCUAAAGAAGAAAAAGAUACACACAUAGAAAAGUCAAACGAAAUAAUUAAGAAUAAUCAAAAUGGUGACCUUGAAGAUACAACAAUAAGAAAAGAUCAUGAUGAUAAUAAAGAAAAAAAUAUUAAAAAAUUAAAAAAUAAUACUAGUUCAAAUGAAAAAAUAGGUGAUUUGUCAAAUGAUAAUGUUAAUAGUGACACAGAAAAGAAAAUAAUUUGUCAUUUGAAUGAAAAAAAAAAUAAUAAUGAAUAUAAUAUUAUUUAUAAUAAUAAAUUUUAUAAAAUGGAUACUAUCAUAAAAUAUAUGAUUAGAAAUAAUAUGUUUAGAUAUUAUAUUAAUAAGAAAAAAAUAAAAAAUGAUUUUAUUACAAAUAAUGUGAAGGAUCAAAAUAUGAAAUAUGAAAAGACGAAAAAAAUGAAAAUAAACUCACCUAAUAUAUAUAAUAUUAAUACAAAUAAUAAAAAUGUUUGUAUUAUAUCAUUAAAGGAUAAAAUAAAUAAUAAAAUAACAAAUGUUUUUAAUUAUAAUAAUAGUAUUAUUAAUAUAAAUAUAAAUUUAAGAAAUUCUGAAGUAUGUAUAAAACAUAUUGAUAUAUCUUUAAAAAGGUUAGAAAAAAUUAGAUUGAAAAAAAAAUUUUUUAAUAUAUCAAAAAAUAGAUCUUUUUAUGAUGAAAAUGAUAUAAUAGAAGAAGAAUAUUAUUCAUCUAGUUCUUAUAAAACAACAUCAUAUAAAUCAAAAAAUACGUCUUUAUCAUCAUCAUCUACAUCUACAUCAUCAUUACAAUUAAAUGUUCCAUCAGAAAAAAAAAAAAAAUCAUAUAAUAAUGUCUUAUGUAGUAAUAAAAAGAUUCUAGAACAACAUAUUAGUACUUUAUCAUGUUGUGAAAAAAAUAUAAAUAUAAUAUUGAAUGAAGAUAUUAUUCCAACAUUCGAAAAUGAUAUAAUAAGUAUAGAUUAUUUUAUAGAUAUGGAUUUUUAUUGUUUCAACAAUAAAGACAAUACAUUACAACCAUUUUCGCUGCAAACAUCUUUUGAUCAUGUUUACAACAUGUCUUUUCGAAUACCUAUAUAUAUUAUAGACACUAUGCAAUAUGAGGGUAGUAUAAACAUGAAUUCUACAAAUUUUUCUACUACUAUGAUAGAAGAUGAGACAUUUGAUAUGCUUCAAAUAAAUUUAAUAGAAGGUCAUAAGUAUGACUACGUGGAUAAGAGGUGUUACAUAAAAAAUUUAGAAAUAUGA